AUGUACGCCUCGACCCACCACCAAUGCGGCCUGUGGAAGCGCGAAAACCGCAAAAUCCACUUGCACCAUGUUGAGAUAAGCUAUCGCAACAGAUCUAUCUUGCGCAUGAGUCCUCCGUGCCAUGUUGUGGCCGAGGAAGACGCGUUUCUUCUCUGCGGCGCGAUUGAACGCCGUCGAUAUGACGUGAGCGGGCUAGCAGGAUGCCAAAAAAGUACUCAGAGCUCGCGCGUUGUCCUACUUCAGACCCCCUUGAAUCACAAUGCCACGAUUCAAACUCUGGGGCGAGUUCACCGACUCGGACUAACGCGCCAGCAACGUACCUGGAUCUUUUUCCAGGACCACACAAUCCAACUUUCUGUGGAAUACAAUGCUACAAAAAAGAUGCUUGCCCAGCUAGCUGGUGAUUAUAGGCUCUACUUAGAAGAGAUGUCCGACGACAACUUUUCUAUUGAAGACCGAUCAUACAAACUGUUAGCACAGAUCCUUGGUCAUCACCCUCUAGCACCUGAACUUCGCCACAUGGAGGACUAUACCCAACUUAGGGCGCCUCACACCAAAGAUGAAGCUCCCCCUCCAGUCAAAUCCCUCAUCUCUACUAACUCCGAAGAUUCUUCUUCGGAUACACAAGAUUUUAAAUCACCCAAGAGCAACAACCCCUCCCCGCCCCCACAGCAUACUCAAACUCCUGGCUGUGAAAGUGAUUUAUCCGACGAUGAGUCUGACUCUGACUUUUCCCCCGCCUCCCCCUGA